UGACAUUGGGUUGUCACUGCUGACAGGCAGGUUCGGUGGGCACAAGAUUGAGGAGGUUUUUUCGGUGUUUUUGGCGCAAAAUUGGCCCCCACGAUGACGCUCAACUUGCAGUACGAGGCGAUAGGCAAGGGAUUCGUGCAGCAGUACUAUGCGCUGUUCGACGACCCGAACCAGCGGCGAAACCUGGCCAACAUGUACAAUGUGGAGCUCUCCUUCAUGACGUUCGAGGGGGUCCAGAUUCAGGGCGCGCCUAAAAUCAUGGAGAAAAUCGCUAGUCUCACCUUCCAGAAGAUCAAUAGGAUAAUAACGGCCGUCGACUCGCAGCCGAUGUUCGACGGGGGCGUCCUGAUCAACGUCCUGGGCCGCUUACAGACCGAUGAGGAUCUGCCCCACGCUUACGUGCAGACCUUCGUACUAAAGCCGAUCGAGGGCAGCUUCUUUGUGCAGCACGAUUGUUUCCGAUUGGUGCUGCACGACACCAUUUAGCUGCCCCCUGCACUCGCGCUGCUGACGACGACCCGCCGCACGCCUACUCGCAAGUGUUUGUGCUCAAGCCGCUGGGGGGCUCCUUCUUCGUGCAGCACGACAUCUUCCGAUUGGGCAUCCACGACUCGGCCUGAGCGCCCCCCAUCUACAUUACACUUAGUCCUAUUUCAUAAGCAAAUUCAGUGUCUCACUACGUGUUUAAUUGGUUGGUUGAUUUCCGCUUCAUUAUAAGAGUAUUUUCCAAAAAAACACGCCACUAACUAGGGGUUAUUGACAUGGGCGAGGGGCCGCGGCCGGUGAUCAGGUGCUGAAGUAGCCGUUCUUCAGCUGGCGCACCAGGUAGAAGGAGAAGCCGAUGCCGACCAGC